UUUUUUUUCCUGCUUGGUCCUAGAAUUCUGAUUUAGAGACUGUUGAAAAUGUCUUUCCCAUUGUCUCCUCAGGCUCCAUGGAGGAACAACAAUAUUACCUUUCUGACCAGAGAAACUCCCUUCACAGAACAAGGAGAGACUGUUAUUGGCUUCUAUUUGCUUGCUUUGGGUUGGAUGUCUUGGUUUGGAAACAGCAUUGUAAUGUUUGUGCUGUAUAAGCAGCGAGCUGUCCUGCAGCCCACAGAUUACCUAACGUUUAACCUGGCUGUAUCUGACGCUAGUAUUUCUGUCUUUGGUUAUUCCCGGGGCAUCAUUGAAAUCUUCAAUGUGUUCAGAGACGAUGGAUUUCUUAUAACAUCAGUAUGGACAUGUCAGAUUGAUGGAUUUCUGACAUUUUUGUUUGGCCUUGCUAGCAUUAACACACUCACAGUGAUAAGUGUGACCCGCUACAUAAAAGGCUGCCAUCCCAAUAAAGUGCAUUGUAUCAGCAGCAGCAGCAUCAUUGUGACCCUUGUAUUUAUAUGGGUAGCAGCUUUCUUCUGGUCAGUAGCUCCAGUUCUGGGAUGGGGCAGUUAUACAGACCGCAUGUAUGGAACAUGUGAAAUAGACUGGGCAAAAGCCAACUAUUCAACAUUCUACAAGGCCUACAUUGUCUCCAUUUUCAUCUGCUGUUUCUUUCUACCUGUGACUAUCAUGAUUUUCUCAUAUGUGUCCAUCAUCAAUACAGUCAAGUCAAGCCAUGCACUAAAUGGAAUGGGUGAUCCAACUGACAGGCAGAGACGCACAGAACGAAGUGUCACAAGGGUCUCCAUAGUCAUUUGCACAGCCUUUAUUACAGCAUGGUCUCCAUAUGCAGUCAGCUCUAUGUGGUCUGCCUAUGGUUAUCCUGUGCCUAGUUUAACGAGCAUCUUUGCCAGCCUUUUUGCAAAGUCUGCCAGUUUCUACAACCCCAUCAUUUACUUUGGAAUGAGCUCCAAAUUCCGGCGGGACAUUUUCAUCUUGCUUCACUGUGCCAGAGAGAUCAAGGAUCCAGUGAAGCUCAAACGGUUCAAGAAUCUCAGGCAGAAACAGGAGAAUUCACCUUCUCAGACUGAAGAGAAAUAUGUGGAAAUUGUUCAGCCUGCACUAAGUCCUGAUUCUGGGGUGGGGAGUCGUUCUAACACCCCUCCACCUGUAACCAAAGAGGCAUAUUUUACUGCUUUUGAUAUGCCAUCCAACAACUCUGACAUUGAAUGCGUUCGACUGUGAGCACUCUGGCUCUGUGCGUUAUACAGCAGAUGAAAACAACACAAAUGCUUCCCAAUCACCUUUAUCUCCAUUUUUUCCACUAGCACUAAUGACACAUCAGUACAAUUGUAGCAGAUUAAAUACAAAGGGGGGGGGGCAACUCCAGCGUGAGUGAAAAAGUGUUUCCCCACAGCUGCACAACAGCAAAUGAAAAGUUUUAUGUGAAAAUAAUUCCAUUUGCAUUUAAAAACAAAUUCAUAUAAUUUAAUUUAGAUAUUACAACGUUUUCUGACAUUUCAUUCAGAAUUGCUUGUUUAGGAUUCCAGUUUUAUUCUUUGUUCAGAAUUCCAAUUUUAUUCAGUUUUGCUCCCAGCUUCAACAAGCAGGCAUUUAUUCAGGGAUCUGUGGAAAAGAUCACCUGGAGGCAUGGUACAGGUAUGCUGUGCCACAAUCAGCCACCAGAGGGUGGCCAUUAGCUACUGUUCUUGUGAGAGACUAAAUAUUUCACAUGCCUGUCCUGACAGCAGAACCCUGCUCUUUGUUUGAAGGCUUCAUUCUGGCCACUGGAGCCACAACUAAGUCUUAGGUCUGUAGCAAUAACUGCACCCUGAGCUAGUCAUCAUCAUCACUUUUAAUAGCAUAAAAAAGUUAAAUACAAAACUGUGAACUGUGGAUAACACUGCUGGCCUUUCUACUUCCUACUUCAACUCACAUUCCUCUUAUUACUAUUGCUACAGUACUGGCCUAAGUGAGACAUCAAAAUGACACCUUCCUUGUGUUCAUUUUGUAAGAGGUGGCAGCUGGAAGAGGCAAGGAAAUGGUGCCCUUCUCGGGAAUCCAAUACCUGAAUAAGCUUAUUUUUGCCUUGUGGCAAACUGGCCCUUCAAAAAUUGUCUUUUAUUUUUAAACAUUCUUUAGCUAAGCAGAAUGAAAUCCCGUUAAUUUUUGAGAAGCUGCGCUGAACAUGUAGAUAAUGAAUUCUCCCAAACAAACAAGGGAAGACAUACUUUGAAACUAUUAUUAAACAAAUGGGAACCCACAAUAAAAUAUUGUAGAUUGUUUCUAGCUUUCUUAGAAUUAAAUCUGAAUGGCAAUAUGGUGCAUGACUCACAGAGCCAAAGGGGAGCAGAUUAAAAACACUUGUUUUAGAUCUCUGCUUCCCCUUAGUCACCCCCUUAUACAUUUUCUUUUUAGCCACUAUUCCCUUUAUAUAAUUCCACUUCCUUCUUUCCCUGUUCUCCCUACAUAUAAUACAUCAUGCCAUAAUCAUUCCCUUUCCUCAUAACAGUCCUUCUGUCAUACCUUUCCUGAGCAUCAACUGCUUGCCAUUCUUGUUCCCUUUCCCCGUUACCCUCCUCCCAAAGCAUGUUGUUUUCAGAUGUCAUCUUUUACAUCUCUAUCAUCCCCUUCCAAACCUGCCCCCAAGACCUGUUCAUCAUUGUGGUCCUAGUACCCGCUCCACUUAAGCCCCACUUCCAUCUUCUGAUUUUGUAAUCUCUCAACUGCCUCUACAGCACUCAUUAAGUGCCUCAUGCCAUUCUCUUGCAAGACCUUUCUUGCAAGCUUUCACCCCCCUUCCUUCCUCUCUCCCUUAAGUUCAUGUUGACUCUCCACAUCUCAUUCCCUUAACUUCCCGCUUUAGAUACCUUGCUCUUUGUUUCACCAAACCAUCCCCCAUUUUAUCAAUGUUCAUUCUCAACAUCUUUUUGUAGUUCCUUUGAUUUAUCACCCUUUCCUAUCUCUACCAAUGCCUGAGAGGACUAGUGGAAUAAAGGAAAAUGCUUUCUUCCCUUGCUGCCUCCCCCUCUGCUUCUCCACCACUUACUUCCUGUAGCCACUGAUAUUGUCCAGGACCACCAAGAGUGCUACACAACAUCAAGAUGUCUGCCUAUCUAUAUAUCUAAUUCCGACAUGUACCCCCUUUCUGUGGAUACCUAAAUUCACAGGUGGGGGCACACUCAUCCCAACUAGAUGUCUCUUCAGACUUGCGGGAACCACCUAGUUCUGCCAAAAAAUCUUAAAUAAAAAAAGUAGGGUCAAAUCUUCCCAAUCUUUUUAAAAUGUUGUUUGAGCAUAUAAAAAUGAUGGUGGCUGCCACCACUGAAGACAGCCAGGCCCACAUCAUGUUGCCAGGCAUGGCUACUAGGCUGUGCAGCCAUCGUGGUGGGAUUCCUGGGGCUGCUCCAGGGAUGGCCACAGUGGUAGCAGAUGCCUGAGGCCAUCCUGGGUCCCUGCCGCUGCCACAAAAGGUGCAUAACAAUUAUUUAGGCUUUACAGUAAGGGGGAUUCACCCCCCCCCCAUCCUGUGAGGGGGAGAUGGAAUUUCUCCCCCAUCCCUGAAGGAUGUGUGUGUGAGAGAUGGAUCCCCCUUCCUACAAGUUUUGUAUUUGUAUUGCCUAGUACCUACCCCCCAAGCAUUGAGCAACCCACCUGGCACUAGAUGCUUGGAAGUGGGCACAAAACCCUAUAGCAGAUUUCCAGAAACAUAUCUUCUUGGCAUUCUGUGGUUCUUUAAGAAUGGCAACAAUAUUCUUGCUAGGCAGUUUUUAUAUUGCAAGAAACCUGAUUAGGUUUUUGUGUUGCUUGCUAGAGAUCAUCGGUCCUUUUCCACACAAUUUUUUUGGUAACUGGAUUUUUCAUUAAACCCAGGGGUUCCCUUGAAUUAGUACAAGUGUAAAUUGAAGUCAGAAGUAGCCCCCUCCCUUUUUUGAUCCACACAGGGGUCAGUACUUAGCUAUUAGAUAAAAGUGUAACAAACAGAUUUUUUAAGGGAAGUUCAUAUACUUGUAUGAAGGUGCUAAACCUAGAUAGGCAUUGCCAAUGUAGUAGGCUCAAAGCCAAGCUACAUAUUAUGGCAGUUUUGGGUCCAACCUGUGGUAGCCAAUGCUAUUUUAGAAGACAAUUUAGCUUUUCAAAACUGGCUCUGAUGCAGUGGCCCCCGAUCUUGUUCCAGGCACCUUUCCUCCCCUGUACUUUUUCACUCACCUUCCCUCCCCCAUACUUGAAAAACACUAGAAACAGAACAAGAUCAUCUGGUGCUGCCUCAUAGCAAUUUCUAAACUUCUCUGUUUUCCUCUAAAUUGGAAUCAGCUGCCACAGGUUGGACCUGGGACCACAUAACAUGUAGUUUGGUUCUCAGAGUCUCACACUUUCACUGUCGUCUAGCAUGUUGGAGUUCACAUGCACUUCUUCCGGAGAGUCCUUAAAAUGCCUAGGAUCAAACCUGGACUAUUCAGUAUAAUACUUGCCCUGUAUAGGGUACCAUCCCAUAUAGCAUGAUUGCUGUGUAUCAUAAAUGGUAUGGGUGCUUGGUUGAGGGUUUUUUGUAAUGCUUCAACAAUAACUCUAGGACCUGCUAUAGCAUUUUCAGUACAGAAGUAAACAGUGUAAUUUCUGUCUUUAUUAGAUUUAAUUUAAAAAUCGAGUGAAUGCCCCGAGUCAAAGGGUGGAUCUUGCUGAAAUACCCCCCUCAACAUGUUAUCACCAUAUGCAUUUUAGUCUGUCAAACAGAUUAACAAAUUGAACUAAUGGAUUGAUACAUAUGGUAAAAUCCUGCCUCCUGAAAUGUUCUUUUUGAGCACACAUAUGUUUAAAGAAUGGUGUUCAUACAUCUCAUCUUUAAAUG